AUGGCCGAUCCAAAUGAACGAAGUGCGGUAGCGGCGGCUGCCGCCGCCGCGGAAGACAUUGACAUGGAAAGCAGUACCCCCGCAGGGAUCGCGGAACGUGCCCAAAGAAGCAUUAACCCUCCAGGAGUACCGCCGUCGUUUCGCCGAGCAGGUCGUGCGACCAACAUUGCCCGAACCAUGAUGUCGCGAGAACUCGGCCACGGACGCCGAUUCGCGUUUCAUGACGAAGAGAUGUGGAUCGAGAACGAGUCGGCCACGAAGCACGUCUGCGAGUACUUUGACAUGCCGCCGACAACUCGAUCCGCGAUCUCCAUCGCGUUCUCCCCUGACGGGAAGACAUUCGCGUCGACUCAUGGCGAUCACACCGUCAAGAUUGUGUGCUAUUCUACCGGGCGCAUUCUACAAACCCUGGUGGGCCAUCCCCGUACUCCCUGGAGCGUCAAAUUUCACCCGACAAACCCUCGCUACGUCGCAUCGGGCUGCCUUGGUUACCAAAUUCGUUUUUGGGACGUUGUCACUGGCAAGUGCUUGUACGAAGCUACGCUGCGCCACGCCAUCAUCUCAGUGUCCUUUCACCCGUGUGGGAAUGUCCUGGGUAUCGCCAGCGGCACGUGCGUUUACACGUGGGACUACCAGCACCACCCGAGUCCCCGCAUCGUUAUGUUUAGCAACCAAACGCUCCGGUCCGUGUCGUUUUUGCCCGACCCGACCAAAAUCCUCGUGGGCGAAGCGAACGAGAAAUACACGCGCCCGCUCGGCACGGUGCCGUCCGAUCUCACGGUCACACUGACGCUAUGGGAGUACAAUGUGGCGUGGUCGACAGCGCCGGAACCGUCUUCGUCCAAAGCCAUGCAUUCGCCACACGUGCUGUUGACUCAUGCGUUGUUGUACAACGAUGGCGGGUUCGACGUGUCCAAGUGUGGCCAGUACCUCGCAGUGUGCACCGACUUUAGCCUGUGGCAGGCCGAGCAGGACAUGCCUCCACCGUCGCAUGUCGACCAUCCAUCCCCAUUUUACGGCCAGAAUGCCCACAGCGCCGACCCGUUGGCGCCGCAUCGAGUCUAUUUUGUGCCGGAAUGGCCUGCCCUCAACCCAACCACAACAACGGCUCGACGUCGUGCUUUCAUGACAGAUCUUGCGUCGAACGAUGCCGCGGCUCGGCGGAUUCGGCAGCGACUGGCUGCGCCGCCACCUCCGCCAUCGACUACUACCCACCCCGAUGCAAUCCAUACGCGACCGUCCCUUGCCGCCAGCACCAUGGGCCAUCCCCCUGUUGUGCCGUCGUCGCAGCAUCCAGUGAUCCCUGCGCCGUCGGCACCACAAGCUUGUCGGAUGGCGCAUCUCCGCCCAAACAUCGCGAGCUCGUUCAAUCGAUUGUCCCACGACCAGCGACUCACGCGAGGUCGACUGGCGGUGGAGCAUCAGUCGACGUGGCUUGCGCUGUUGUCGCUUGCGCCGGACAAGACGUUGGGGACCGUGGUGCAGACCGCGUUGCUGGCGGAAACCGCGGCCGGCGGCGUCACGUCGGUCAAAUUCAGUCCCAGUGGCGCGUACGUGCUGCUGGGGUACGGCGUGCGGGACCGCAUCCAGCGCAUCAACCAGUUUCCAUUGCAUCGAGUGACGCGCAUGUACCGAUGGGAGGACAUGAGUCUGGUGAGCCACGUCGAGUCGGACGCGGACGACGUCAACAUUGCGCUGUUUCAUCCACUUGCGGGCGGCGGGUUCCUCUACGGCACCAAGCAAGGCCGAGUCCGUCUGUGCCGGCCGUGGCGCGGCGCGUUUGACGACCCUCGCAACGAAAACACACUCAAGGAAUCGCUCGAUCUGCACGCGCUGUUUUACCACGGGGCCAUGCCAACACACACCCCCAUGGCGCCACGACCUGGUCGCCGAAAUGGAAGAUAGCUCGAUGCCAAUGUGGACAUUGUUGGACCCAAGUGGAUGCGUUGACCUCGCGCU